UCUCUCAAUACCACUUUUGCUCGAUUGUUUAAUCUGUCUCCUUCAUUCUUCUUCGGUUUCACACACACAAACACAUAUAUUGGUUUUUUGCACAGAUUGUAUAACAUAAACAUCAGCGUGCAUGCAUCUACCUUCAUUACAUUAAUUUUCUGCGAUUACAAAUCAAGUUAUAACCAUGUAUAAGGUUGCUGGUCCUUCUGAAUAUCUCGCCAUAACUGGACUUUUCAUCAAUGAUGUCAAACUUGCGAAGAAAAAAUACGUUCUCCCCUUUCAAAAAUGCGUCAAAUUCGACAUCUCCCCUGUCAACUACGAGUUCAAUGUCCAAGCCAUGAGUGCUGAGAAGCUGCCCUUUGUUCUCCCUGCUGUUUUCACCAUCGGUCCGCGAUUAGAUGAUCAUGACAGUCUCAUGUUGUACGCGAAGCUUGUGUCGUCCCAUGACAAGCAUUCGAACCAUGUUAAGGAUCUGGUGAUGGGCGUGAUCGAGGGGGAGACUCGGGUUCUGGCUGCGGGGAUGACUAUGGAUGAGAUCUUUAGGGGUACCAAGAAGUUUAAGCAGCAAGUGUUUGAUCAGGUUCAGCUUGAGCUUGAUCAGUUUGGGCUGAGGAUAUUUAAUGCGAAUGUGAAACAGCUUGUGGAUGUUCCGGGGCAUGAGUACUUUUCUUAUCUUGGUCAGAAGACGCAGAUGGAGGCGGCUAAUCAGGCGAAGGUGGAUGUGUCCGAGGCUAAGAUGAAGGGCGCGAUUGGGGCCAAGGAGAGGGAGGGGCUGACGUUGCAGAAUGCAGCCAAGGUGGAUGCAGAGUCCAAGAUUAUGGCGACGAGGAGGCAGGGGGAAGGGAAUAAGGAGGAGAUUAGGAUUAAGACGGAAGUGCAGAUUUAUCAGAAUCAGAGGAAUGCGGAGGUUGAGCAGGCAAAUGCGGAGUUGGCAAAGAAGAAGGCCAUGUGGUCUCAGUCUGCUAAGAUGGCGGAGGUGGAGGCACAGAUGGCGGUGUCCAUGAGGGCAGCCACUCUGCAGAUGGAGGUGGAGAAGCAGAAUGCUCUGACCAUGACUGAGAAACUUAGGGCUCAAGAUCUCAGUAAGGCUAACAUUGAUUAUGACAUACAGGUACAAGAGACGAAUGCAAAGCUGUAUGCUAAACAGAAAGCAGCUGAAGCAGUUCUAUUUGAGGCACAAAAGAAAGCGGAAGCACAGAAAGCAAGCGCGGAUGCUGAUAUGUAUGCUCGCCAACGAGCAGCAGAGGCUGAGCUGUAUUCAAAACUGAAAGAAGCAGAAGGUACUACGGCACUAGCACAAGCACAAGCUAUCAAUAUUGGAAACCUACUCAAUCAAGUGGGAGGGAACUACUCGUCUCUCAGAGAUUACUUGAUGAUCAAUAACGGAACCUACAAGGACCUUGCUCGGCUUAAUGCUGAUGCGGUUCGUGGGCUGCAACCGAAGAUUAAUAUAUGGACAGGGGCACCUGGUAAUGCUGUUGGUGAGGGAAGUCAGAAUGGUGGUGGCUCUGGUGGCGCCUUGAAAGAGAUUGCUGGUUUGUAUGGAAUGCUUCCGCCAUUGCUGCAGACGGUGAAUGAUCAGACUGGGAUGCUUCCACCGCCUUGGCUAGCCAGUUUACCAACCGAUACUAGUGAAAAAUAAAACUGUGAAUUGAGCACUUGAUCGGACAAUAGAUAUUAUAGCUCUAGGUUUUCUUAUUAAGCAUGAAGUUAGUUAUUCUGGCUACUUGACAGUUGUAGGUUGGUUUAACAUAUUUAGUUA